UUAAAUCACCUAUUGUGGACCGACACUUAUCGUUUUUCUUGAAUAUGUCCCGUUUUGAAUCGUGACCUGUGUUGGCUCCGUUAGGAAGUCACGACUAUGUUGAAGCAAUAGUAGUAUAGUUCCUAUAUUUGGAUCGCUGACGUGUUUGUAGUGAUGUCAGGCUGUCAUUUUUGUCGAAUUUGAAUUUAUUUGCUAUUUUUCAGCCAAUAUUAGCACGGAACAUCUAUAUUAAAUACAUUAAUUUUUUAUAAAAAAGAAUCAGUGUAUGAUCCUGUAUAUGGCAAUUGGCAGAUUCUUCAGCGCUAUUUGGCAUUCUACCUCCUUGAAAAUCCAAUAAUAUUACAAUAUUACAGAAAAAAAAUGGGAAAGAACAAGAGGAUUCAUAAAAACACAAAUGUUUUCAAAGUCAAAAUUCGCAGUAUCAAACUAAAAACUAAAGCACAAAAAAUAUUUACUAAUCUGAAAAAACUUGAUCCAAAAGGAAAUAAGAAAUCAAAUAAGAAUAAAACAAUCAAUAUGGAUCAAAUAUUAAACAAAUUAGACAGGGAUCUGCAAGCUUACAAUUCCAAGGCAAAACUUGAUGCAACAUCAAUUCAAAUGGAAUCAAUCAAGAUAAACAAAGGAAAUAUAUCUCCUAAGAAAAAAACGAUGUCACCGCAGACGGAUAUAGCAGUUUCGAUGGUGGAACAGAUGCAACUUUAAAAAUAAAGAAAAAAGAAGAUAGAUGGACUUAAUUGAAAACAGAAUUUAGAGCAAUAUGUCGCAACAAACAUGUCAUGCGUGUACAGCAAGUUUGAUAGUCACAGGAGAUGAGAUUUUGCGUGGUCAAAUAGUUGAUACCAAUACACAAUAUUUGGCAAAAUAUUUAACUGCCGCUGGAAUAAGACUACAAAGAGUCACAGUGGUUCCUGACAUUAUAGAUGAAAUUGCUAAAGAAAUAAAUAAUGCAUCAAAGCAGUAUUCUAUCGUAUUUACAUCUGGUGGAGUUGGACCUACUCAUGACGAUAUAACAUAUAAGGCAGUAGCAAAGGCUUUUGAAUUAAAACUUGAAUUAAAUCAAGAAUUGUUAAAUAUAUACACUCAAUUAAUUCCUGGUCAAUAUGACAUAAAACGACUUGCUCUUGUUCCUAGUCCUUGUGAAAUUAUCAACAUCGAUUCUACAGAAACUUUUCCAGUGAUAUAUGUAAAAAAUGUUUAUAUGCUACCUGGUUCUCCAAAAUAUUUUAAGCCUGCUACCGACACAAUAAUUUCUCGUUUGAAAGGAUGUGUGCCAUUGCACUUCGAAUAUAUAGACAUAGAACUGAAUGAAUUAGCAUUAAUAAAUAUUUUAGAUAAACAAAUAAAACGAUUGAAUGACAAAGUUAAAAUUGGCAGCUAUCCUCAAUUAGAAUCACAAACGCCUUUUACAAGAAUAACAUUAGAAGGAACCAAAGAGACAGUGGCAGAAGCAAAGGAACAACUUUUAUACGUUCUGCCGAUACAAAAAAUAAUAAAUCUGAAACAUAAAUUUAGUCGUUUUCAAAUGAAUGUCAUAUUAGAAAAUAGCAAAAAUGAAGCGCACGUUAAAUGUUCAUUAGAUAUACUAAAUGAAUGUUAUGAAAGAUAUAGUCCAGAUGAAAUUUUUAUAAGUUUCAAUGGUGGGAAAGAUUGCACAGUAGUCUUGCACUUAGCUGCAACUAUUGCUAAAUUGCGUAACAUUUCAUCUUUAUUAUGUUUAUAUAUAACUGACGAUUCCUUUCUGGAGGUGGAAACGUUUGUGGAAUCAGCUGCUCAAUAUUAUGGUUUAAAAAUAAUACGAAUGCAACAACCGAUGCGAUCUGCAUUAUCUGCAUUAUUGAAAGAAAAUCAUAAUUUGAAAGCAAGUAUCAUGGGUAUAAGAAGAGGUGAUCCAGGUUCCGAAAAUCUACAAGCAUUUACACCCACCGAUCCGGAUUGGCCACAGCUGAUGCGUGUGAAUCCUAUCCUUCAUUGGUCAUAUAAUCAAGUAUGGACAUUUUUAUUGAAACACAAUAUUGCGUAUUGCUCACUUUACGAUCAAGGAUAUACAAGUAUCGGUAAUAAAAAUACUACAACACGAAAUCCAUUAUUAAAGGAUCCUAACAAUCCUACGUCAUAUUUACCAGCGUAUACUUUGAUCGAUAAAUCUGCCGAGAGAGAAGGCAGAACAUGAUAAAAAUAUAAUCUUUUAUAAUCUUUUAAAUAUAAUAUAUAAUCUUUUAAAUAUAUUAUAGUAAAUAGUAAAUUUCUAUAUAUUCUUGCAAACUAAAAUUGUUACUACACAAUAUUACUACACAAUAUUAUAUAACAAUAUAACAAUAUAUAUUAUGUAUAUAACAAUAUACAUUAUCGUCGGCACUAAUUAUUAAUAUCUUUAAUAAAUUAGUCUUUUUUCUUAUUAAUAUAUUGAUUAUUUAUAGUACAAAUAAUAUUCUUUUACAAAUUGAUAUAUAAUUUCUUAAUAUGUUUAAAUUUAAUUAUAGAUGUGUACAUUAUACGAAUGCUUCUGUAUAAUCAAAAUAAAUUAUUUUUUAUGAAAA